ACGUUGAAAGCAGGGUUUACUCGUAAAUACUGUGUGAUGUUAUGUCAACAUGAGGCUGUCCCUGCUUCUGAACUCUGAUGCUUUGGCUGCUCUAGCUUCAAAGUGAUUAAUUUGGAUGGGCUACGUGAAAUGUGGUUUGUGUGGUCUUGUCCAAUUAUCAUCUAUUCUGUAUUUUAGUUGGGUGGAUUUUCAGAACAUUAGUUGACUCAGUUACUCCUGGGAUGGUCAAUAUUUUUUGCCCGUAUAGUAUAUGAAUUUGAGGUUUCCUCCAUAGAAGAAUCAUUUUGAAAGCUAGUAUUGACCCCAAAUUCAUAUAGUUACAUGAUGGUUACAGUGGAAUCAAAAUCCAGUUUGCUGCAGAAGCAUAACUGGGAAAAAGUUUUUGGAUUUAUUUUUUGUAGACCAGUUCUGAGUUGUAGGUUUUUUCGAUAACAAGACAAAAUAAACUAAUUAGUUCAUGAUACCUUAAACAACAAAGGAUACUGGUGUCUUGAUUCAUUUUGAUUCAAUCAUAUAUCUAUAUCUUCGGUGUGCAUCGGUGACUUCAUGGACUGGCUGUUUGAAGUACAUCCAAAAAUUCCUUAUGUCAAUAGCUUAAAUAUAACUAAUAAUUUAUUUCAAUCGAUGUCCAUACCAUUAUGUCAAAACAUAUAUUCUAGUCUUGUAAGUUCGUUUUCUACUCAGCUUGGAUAAUAGCUGUUGGUAUACUGAGGUAAUUGAGUUUGCUGUGGAAAUCGGUAUUUGAACUGAAUUGUCAUGACUGAUUAUGGAAUAUGAUUUGAUCAUCAGAUGUGUACAUUGUUUAAGGCCAUCUUGUUCUUUGAAUAAAAUUAGCAGGAAAGAAGGUUAGAUUUCAUGGAAGCUAUGAAAUUUGAAAUAGAACGUCUGAAGCUGAAUCUUUCUGCCGCUGAAAGAGACCGAGCCCUCUUAUCAAUUGGAAUCGAUCCUGCUAGCAUUAACCCAAAUACAUUGCUUGAGGAUUCAUACAUGGGGAGAUUACACAGGGUGGCCAGCACACUGGCAUUGUUCGGGCACGCUUCACUGGAAGAUAAAAUUACUGCUUCCAUUGGGCUUGGAACAUUUGAUAGAUGUUCCAUAGAUUUUUGGAAUGUUUCAGCAAUUGGGGAGAGGUGUUCAGGUGGUGCAUGCCAAGUUCGUGCCGAAACUGGGCUUGUUGGGGAUGGAUCAUUGACCUCAUCAUCAUCAACAAAAUCGGAAUCCAUUUUUGUAUGCGCUGAUUGUGAGAGGAAGGUCUGCAGAAUUUGUUCUGCAGGAAAAGGAGCUCUUUUGCUUGCAGGCCAUAUCUCAAAGGAUAUUUCAGGUUACAACAACAUAACUAGCCUAACUAGCCAGGGAGGUUCAGUUGAUUCAUCUUCCAACCGCUCGCCAGCACUCGAUGGAAUAAUCUGUAAGGAAUGCUGUCCCGAAGUUGUACUUGACGCCUUGAUUCUGGACCUUGUUAGGGUCUUGAUUGGCCAACAAAGAAAUAAUAGGGCGGAUGCUGCUGCCGAGGAAGCCUUGAACCACGUGUUUGGAUUAUCCUCGAGAAAUUUACCCCUCAAAAGCGAUCACUUUUUAAAGAGUCAAGGAGCUGCUAAGGUGUUAAAGAAAUUAACUGAUGGAGAAGAAUCACUUGCAGAAUUUCCGUUUGCCAGUUUUUUACACCUGGUUGAGACAGCAGCAGGUUCAGCACCCUUCUUAUCUUUGGUUGCUCCUUUAAAUUCUGGAUCACAAGAGUCAUACUGGAGAGCUCCUCAUGAUGCCUCGUCUGUUGAAUUUGUCAUUGUGCUAAAUGAUAUUUCUGAUGUGUCUGGUGUUGUCUUCUGGUCAGUCCAUGUGGUUAUUCAAUGUUCGAUGCCCCUACCAUCUUCGUCCGAACUUUGUGGGCCAGAGAGGUCCUUUGAAGAUGGUAAAGUUCCUAGGCAUGUCAAAUUCGCCUUCAAGAGUCCUGUUCGGUGCCGCAUCAUCUGGAUAACCUUGCGUUUGCCAAGAAUUGGAUCUAAUUCGGUCAAUUUCGAAAAAGAAUUUAACCUCUUGUCCAUGGAUGAAAACCCGUUUGCCCAAGUCGGCAGGCGUGCGUCUUUUGGUGGAGAAUUUGAUAGUGAACCAUGCAUUCAUGCUAAAAGAGUAAUAGUAGUGGGUACUGUAAGGAAAGAAAUAGGGACAUCCCCACAAGGGUCUGACCAAAUAAACGUGAGGAAUUGGUUCGAGAACCCUCCUCAGUUGAACAGAUUCAAGGUUGACAAACCUAUGGAAGUAGUUGAAACUGAACCCCCUCUUUCUAACAUUUCAGUAAAGCAUCGAGUGAACCAUUCGCCUUUCGCAAAUGUGGACUCGGAGUGCAGAGACUAUCUUUUAGAUGAGAGACUUAUUUCUCCUGCCGUGUUGUAUAUUCAAGUGUCCACCCUUCAGGAGUCAAAUAACAUGGUGACUGUUGCUGAGUAUCGGCUACCAGAAGUGAAACCCGGGACACCCAUGUAUUUUGACUUCCCCAGACAGAUAAACACUCGUCGCAUAACAUUUUGUCUGCUUGGAGACAUUGCAGCUUUCUCAGAUGACCCUUCAGAACAGGACAACUCGGAAUACAGAGCCCACCCAUGGGCUGUGGGCUUAUCACUGGCAAACAGAGUUAAAUUGUUCUACUAUGCUGAUCCAUACGAACUCGAGAAAUGGGCCAGCUUUUCUGCCGUUUGAUUAAACCAUUCUAAUCCUUUAUGUUCCGUUUGCUAGCGGAUGGCGCUUAUCUCGGCUUCAUUCUUUCAAAUGCCAAAUGUUGAGAUUUUGCGAUUCUUUAUUUUUGUAAAUUAGAGAUUGAGAUUCUUUUGUCAUGGUUUUUAUGUGAUUUGAGGAUCAGUUUAUUGGUGUAACUCCAUAUAGUCCAAAAAAUGUACUCUAGUUGGGGUCUGUAUGUGUUCUAAUUAAUACGUCGUACUGAUGUGUUAUGAGACUGUGUAUCCUUGAUACUCAUAUUUUCUAUCUUUUCAAAUGUCUAGGCCCCGCAAUAAAAAAAA